AUGAUGAUAAUGUGUAUUAUAACAAAGAUACACCAUGGAAGCUUAAAGAUGCACGAUACACCCAAAUGGGACGUUAUUCAUUGCAAUCAAAUAUCAAUCAACCAGGUGAUGGUAAUGUGUAUUAUAACAAGGAUACAUCAUUAAACCAAAAGAGGAAUUCAUAUAGACAAGAAAAUCAAAUGGACGGAUCAAGUAGACAUCCAUACUUUCCUCCAAUCAGAGAGAAAUCUGAUGUGCUACAAGGAAGCAGAUCUAAUCAGUAUUCACAAGAAAAACCUCAAAGGAAUGGAUAUGAAACAGAUAAAUCUCUAUGGAAUGGAUACGGAGCAGAGAAAUCUGGCAAAUCAGUAUUCAGACCACAUCAAGAUUCCACAUUAGAACAGCAACCACAAAAUUUAUGCUUGACAUAUGACAAAUUCUCACAGACGAUGCCCGCUUCCAUUUCAAAAGAUCCUCCACUAAUCACAGUUGAAAAAAUCGAUCAGCUGUUGGAAGAAAAACAAAAACUUCUUUUAACAAUCAAUCGAUUAGAAACACAACACAAAAACCUUGAAUCAAAGUUCGACGAGCUUUUUAUUCGGAAACAACAAACAGAAAAAGAUAAUCAACAACUCAAAGAUCAACGCGACUCUUUAAUCAAUGAGAGAAAAUCUGAGCAUCAUCUACGACAAUCGUCACAACGAAGAAACAUUAACCUUGGUACGAAUGCUCAAGAUCUCAAAUUGACCUUAGAAAAAUUGCAGAUACAAUUCGAUGAAGCUCAGGAGGAAAAUAGGAGCACAAAUACAAAAUGUCGGGUCUGUUCGGUGGAGACCAUCACUCAUGCCAUUCUACCCUGUUAUCAUUUUGUUAUGUGUGAGAAAUGUGCCCAGGCAGCCAAAAAAUGUUGCGUAUGCGAAAAGCAAAAGGAAGGAAUUGCUCGUUUCUAUUACGGAUAA